CCAAGGCAGAAAAGUAACUGUCAAAUGCGCGGCUCCUUUAACCAGAGCGCCCAGUCCGGCUCCGAGAGUCAUGGCGACCGCAGCGUCUAACCACUACAGCCUGCUCACCUCCAGCGCCUCCAUCGUGCACGCCGAGCCGCCUGGCGGCAUGCAGCAGGGCGCGGGGGGCUACCGCGAGGCACAGAGCCUGGUGCAGGGCGACUACGGUGCGCUGCAGAGCAACGGGCACCCGCUCAGCCACGCUCACCAGUGGAUCACCGCGCUGUCCCACGGCGGCAGCGGCGGGGGCGGCGGCGGUGGUGGAGGAGGCGGGGGAGGCGGCGGGGGAGGCGGCGACGGCUCCCCGUGGUCCACCAGCCCCCUAGGCCAGCCGGACAUCAAGCCCUCGGUGGUGGUACAGCAGGGUGGCCGAGGCGACGAGCUGCACGGGCCAGGAGCGCUGCAGCAGCAGCACCAACAGCAACAGCAGCAGCAGCAACAGCAACAGCAGCAACAACAGCAACAGCAGCAGCAGCAACAACAGCGACCGCCACAUCUGGUGCACCACGCUGCCAACCACCAUCCCGGGCCCGGGGCAUGGCGGAGUGCGGCGGCUGCAGCUCACCUUCCUCCCUCCAUGGGAGCUUCCAACGGUGGUUUGCUCUAUUCGCAGCCCAGCUUCACGGUGAACGGCAUGCUGGGCGCAGGAGGGCAGCCGGCUGGGCUGCACCACCACGGCCUGAGGGACGCCCACGAUGAGCCCCAUCAUGCAGACCACCACCCGCAUCCGCACUCUCACCCGCACCAGCAACCGCCCCCGCCACCUCCCCCACAAGGCCCACCGGGCCACCCAGGCGCGCACCACGACCCGCACUCGGACGAGGACACGCCGACCUCAGACGACCUGGAGCAGUUCGCCAAGCAAUUCAAGCAGAGGCGGAUCAAACUAGGAUUUACUCAAGCAGACGUGGGGCUGGCGCUUGGCACCCUGUACGGCAACGUCUUCUCGCAGACCACCAUCUGCAGGUUUGAGGCCCUGCAGCUGAGCUUCAAGAACAUGUGCAAGCUGAAGCCUUUGUUGAACAAGUGGUUGGAAGAGGCAGACUCAUCCUCGGGCAGCCCCACCAGCAUAGACAAGAUCGCUGCGCAAGGGCGCAAACGGAAAAAGCGGACCUCCAUCGAGGUGAGCGUCAAGGGGGCUCUGGAGAGCCAUUUCCUCAAAUGCCCUAAGCCCUCGGCCCAGGAGAUCACCUCCCUCGCGGACAGCUUACAGCUGGAGAAGGAGGUGGUGAGAGUUUGGUUUUGUAACAGGAGACAGAAAGAGAAAAGGAUGACCCCUCCCGGAGGGACUCUGCCGGGCGCCGAGGAUGUGUAUGGGGGGAGUAGGGACACGCCACCACACCACGGGGUGCAGACGCCCGUCCAGUGAACUCAAGCAGGGGAGGGGCAGAGCUUGGGGCUCCCCUCCCCUUUGGUCCACAGUCUUAACUGGGACCUCUGUUCCCCCUGUAACUUCUGAUUGUUUUUUUUUUUUUAAUUAUUAUUUUCCCGGUCCCUUAAAAAGAGAAAAAAAUAGAGAAAUUAAGGAGAAAGGAAAGUAAAAGUAAAACACUGGACUAACCUAUAGCAGGUAGCAGGUGUAUUCAUGGGUUUUGACCUUUGCAAGCGAGUACCCAGGCAAUGAAGUAGAAUGUCUCCUAGUAAGAGUGAAGUGUGUGUGUGUGUGUGUGUGUGUGUGUGUGUGUGUGUGUGUGUGUCUGUGUGUGAAAGAGAGAGAGAGAGAGAGAGAGAGAGAGAGAGAGAGAGAGAGAGAGAGAGGGAGGGAGGAGUCCUGGUAAAACUAAAUAAAUUACCAAAAAGAAAAAAAAUCCACCAAACCGUACACAACACAAAACUGCAGCUUCCCAUGCUCAAAGUUGACACGUGCUGCUGUGUUUAUUUAAUAUGGUCCCCAUCAGGAAAGAGGGAAAAAUACACUUUUUAAAACUAUUGGCAAAAUUUAAGCACACGAAUUUGCACUGCAAGAAAAUUGAAGUUUACAUUGACAAGUUCAACCCUUUUUUUUUUUUUCUCUUAAUACCCACUGUUAAAUUUGAAGCUGUCCUUUGGGUUCUGUUCUGUUCUGCCUUAUCCAGUGGAGAGGACAGAAGCCAGCUCCUGGCCACCCUCCAUUCCAGCGUUCUGAUGCCCCUUGUUCUUAUUGCUUGUAAACUUUGUUUUCUUCAACGCCCCAGACCUGGUGUAACACUUAUUGGCUCUUUUCACCAAAGCGAAAUGAUUGGCUUCACACAAAAUAAAUAAAUGUUUGCAUUCAGGAAAUGUGUAUGGUUUGCCCGCUUUAUGCAAGGCAGGAAUAUCGUUGGAAAUACAAAUAUAAGUGUUGAGCACUGUUUUUUGUUUGGUUGGUUUUUUUUGUUUUUUUUUGUUUUUGUUUUUGUUUUUGUUUUUGUAAACCACACAGUAAACUUCAUCUUCAGGCAGUAUUUCUGGGUAGGAGAGAAAAAGGAAAAUCAAUAGUGAGUGAUCAGUCACUUCAUUUUUUUCAGGCAGGGCUAUUGUGAAAGAACUAAAAAAACAAACAGAAAAAAACCUGUGAGGUUAAAUAUAUUGUCCAACAGACAGAAAUUAAGGACUCUGAGAACUUGGAAACACACUGGGUUCUCUGCCUUUGGGUUUAAUAACUUAAUUAUAAGGGAUUAGUUGUGAUGACAGCAGUGGUUAAACUUUGUUCCUCUACUAGGUUUUAUUUUUUAACAUAAAGAAAAUAACCCAGGAACUCGAUAUAUCAUAUGCACACUGUGUUUCUUAACACAGAAAUGCAUAUACUAUAAUGCAUAUAUAUAUAUAUAUAUAUAUAUUGGAUAGACAGGUUUUUGUACCCAACAGUUCAAUUGUUUAUGAAGUCAUAUUUUGGGCUUUACACCAUCUUCCCCCAUAAGUUAUUGCAGAAAAACAUCAGUUCAGAUUGGACAAAAUUCCCCCCACUUUCAUUAAAACAGACAAAUGAAGGGGAGGGGGCAUUUUCAAUGAUUUCUUUCUCCCCCUUUGUUAAUAAAUUUUCAGUGCAUUUUUUUUUACCUUGUCUAAAUGGGAAAUGGUUUACACCCAACACAAUAGAAUAUUCUGGAAGGUGUAGGUAAGAAAACAAAAACAGAAAAGGCUAUGGCUAAACUGAAAUUAACACCAUUAAAACUGUGAUCAGUUUAAAAAAUUAAAUAGUUAUCAGCACAAAAGGGCGCUAAAAGGGAAAAAAACCUUAAAUAGUUGGGGUUUUAUUUCUUUGUUAGGUAUCAGAUAAAUGUUAUGUUAAAAAAGUAAAUUCUCACUACCAUAAAUUGAUGGCUCAGCAUCGGAUUAGCAUUGCACUCCGUAGUUAAGGUUUUAGGUAAUAUGCUUUAUCAAGUAUUGUCUUUAGAAACUCCUGUGAUUGUUUCAUUUUCGAUGUUUUUACAAGAUAAAUGGUGACUUAUAAUGGGCAUAUUUAUUUGCCUGUAUUUCAUUUCCCCCAAUGAAUGUCACAGGAGAUGCCAUAGAGCUAUUUCAGGUUAUAUCACACUGCUUCUUCCUGAUGUGUGGGGACUGGCCUUCAGUAAAGCAACCCAGAGGAGGGCAGAUGGCCAAUGGUAAAAGGAGGAAAUGAAUUUGCAGAUACUUAUUACCAAGUAGGUAAGGUCAGGAAGCUGGGGUUCCGGGGAUGUGCCUACAUCUUCUCUUGCUCUCUUAGGCUUACAAAUAUGAAAGUUACCACUGAACCUUACCAUAUGUAUAUAUGUUUAAUAUCUGUCUUUUGAAAUGCAGAAAUAGUUUAAAUGUUUCUUUGUCUAUUUUUCCUUUUGUUUUUAAUGCUACCCAGGGAAAUAUUUUCAUAUCGUUUUACGUGGCCUGCCUCAAUGUAUAUUUAUUUCUUUGGAGAAAAAAAAAGGUUCUGAAAACUGGUUUUCUGUAGCUUUAAAUGAGUAGGUAGCAAGAUCUAUAUGGGAUGUCAUUUUUUUGUUCAGUUUCUUUAAAAAAAUGCUUUGUUUUGAUACAUUUGGUUGUGCUUGUGGGGAAAAUAAAAGCGCAGAGAUCCUUAUAUAUUUAUGUUAAAGUAAUAUUUUAUUAUUACAUAAAACAGAAAUGCACAAUACCUUCAUAGUUUGUUCUAAUUAUUGAAAUAUCUUUAUUUUAUUUUUAAAGAUAGUGCCAAGUUCUAAGAGGUGAGGAAGCCCUACCUAGACCUUAUACUGACUGAGCUGUGUAUAAAAUACUUCCCUUCCUUUAUACGUCAUAAAGUUUUGGAAUAAAUUUUAUGCAUAUAUUGCCAGCUUUCAUGUUUAUAACUUCCAGAGGCAUUUUCUUAGUUUUUUUUUUUUAAAGAGGAGUGUUCAGACUUUUCUUUGCAGAAACUACCAUGGGGCCCAAAUAUUGUCUUCACUGCCUUGUAGAAUUCAAUCAAAUCAGUCAUUGGGUUUCAGCUCCAAUUUGUUGGCCAUUUCCUGAACAAACGAAAAAAAAAUACUUGCCUUGUAAAUACAUGCCCAGGUCCCUACACCUUCCCUCCAGGUUAGCUGCUCUUUGCCAAUGGAUUGUUAAGGAUAGCAUCAGUGGGACUAGAUGGACCUUAACCUCUGCCACAUGUCCUUAGGUAAACUGGUACCUUCAGAAAAGUGAGGCUUAGACAGAAAUUAUUAUUCAUUAUUAACAAAUAUCCCUCAACAACAAAAACUCUUAACGAUAUGCAAUAUAUAUGUUUACCAACUGAUUAAAAGUAGAUACCACACAUUAGUCCUCUUAGGUUUACAGGGGAAAGAUACUUUUUUUACAACAGUGUAUCUCUCUCACCAGGCAAACAAACAAACAAACCACAUCAAGAUCUACAUUAAAAGAAGAGGGAAAGAAUGUAUUGGAGAGAUACAAGCCAUGGUUUGUUUCAGAAGGUUUUAGAUAAAGCACUGCACUUAAAACAACAGCAAACAAGCAAAAAGAUAGUCUUUAAUGUUGGUGAAGUGUUUAUAUAUUUGUUGGUGUAUUUAAAGUCCUCCUUGGAACACUGACUUAAAAUAUAAAUGUCCAUUUAGGAAAGGAGUUUCUGGGCUUAUUACUUCUGAUCAUCUUUUCUAAUUCCUAGUCAAUAUUACAUGGGUCCCAAACAGAUUCUGCCAAAUGAUCUUAUCAAUAGUCUGAACAAGAAGUGACAGAAAGAAGAAGUGUUUUGUGACCACAGACAUGCUGAUGGGUAAAAUGUUUAAGCUAGGUAUAGAUUUGAGUUCUGGGUCAAUAUCCCUCCUCUGAAGGAGGAAAGCGAGCCUCAUCUGCCCUCUGCAGGGCGUUUCAGUGGACCCUGAGAAGGCAUUUUUUUUUCCUUUCCUCAGGCACUGUGAACAGACCUGGAAACAUCAUAUAUUAAACAGACACACUAUGUUCCUGACUUGUGUUGGUCACUGGGGUCCUCAAGCUGCUCUGGUAGCUUCCAUGCCAGUCUUAGAAUGUAUUCCCACUUAAAAAAAAAAAAGACUGCAGAGUCAUUAAUACAAAUCUGUGGGGACAAUUGUCAGAUAUCGACAAGCCAUCUCUAUCCUAAAGGCAAAAAUGCAGUGUUUGUGUUUGCUCAAAACAUGCCAUAUUUUAGAUUUUUAUAUAUACAGACAUACUGGGGAAGAAAAGAUUGUAUAUGAAAGAGUAUGUGAAGGUCAUAAGGAUGGAAUGGCCACAACUAAUAUUAUGCUUGGUGUGUGUGGUUUUUUUUAAACAUUCUUAGUUCCCCUGAAGAAAUGUCCUUUAUGUUUCAGAUAGUACCAGUAAAACAGCUGUCCUCGUUCCUCUCCCUCCUGCUCUUACAGAGAAGGCCACACGCUGUCAGAAUUUUCUGGUGAAAUGUUUUUAAUUAAGGCACUUGUCUCUCUAUCUUAUUCCUUCAAAAAUAAAAACCAAUAAAACAACAUAACAGCAAA